GUUGCCAGCAGCAGCACUGUGCUGCAUAAUCUCAUUUCUCUAGCUAUUUUUCUCAGCAAAGCAAUAGGUUGAAGAAACAUCGCAGCAACAACGAAUUUUUCUGGGGUUAAGCAUAAGAACAAGCAGAUCCAUGGCAUUAUCAGUCUCAGCUUCUGAAUCGAUAAGGUCAGUUCUGAAAGGUGAUUCCUCAAGCAACAUUGGCAAUGAAGAAUAUAAAGUUAUUCACUUAGCAGGGCAUGGUAAAGAGAUACCCACUGAUCAGAUCUACAAGAAAGCUACGCUUUCUUGGCUUAAAUUUCUGUGCAACCAUAAAGUUAAGUCAGUAAAGAAUUAUUUUAAUUUUAAAGGCAAACAACAAGAUUUAUAUUUGUUAACCCGGGAUGAUAUAAGAAUGCACAAGAGCAAAUAUGACUAUGUGCAUAUUGGACUUGUGCAAGCUCAUGUUGAACCAUGUCUAUUUAAUGAUGGUCGAACUGAUCAAAGAAUCUUAGUGUGCUUGCGGGAUGCAAAGCAUCUGGAUUUGAAAGACUCAAUCUUAGCAGCCUUUGAGAUUGACUUAUGUGAUGGUGGUACAAAGUUCAAUUGGUUCCCAAAUUACUCGGCGUCUUUGUCUGAUCUAUCAACCACAAAUGGGUUGGUGAUAACUGCGGAGCCAUGUGGUUUUAUGAAUAUUGGAGAAGCUACAAUGUUUAAGAUUAGCUACCGAAUGUGUUAUAAACUGAUGAAGGGGUCUCUUGAGCCCGGGUUGCAAUGCGAAAAUCCUGUGUUGGAGGUGAAAACUGAAAGGGUGAAUGUUCUUGCACCCAAAACCAUUGGAAGGGAACAAAUGGAGCGAACUGGGCUCGAGCUCAGUGUAACUGAGCAGUAGUGGAAGCUUAUCCUUAUCUAUGUAUAAUCUGUUUCAAACCUUUCAUUAUGUACUUACUCUUUCUGGUUGUAGGGUUUGAAUUGUUUGGUGUUAAUCUAUGUUUUAGUGUGUUUGCUCUGUAAAUUGUUCUCAAUCAAUGCUAGCUUGUGAUGCAGAUUGUGCAAGUUAAGCUGCUGUACUAGCCAUCGUGUUUUGGGAGUUCGAUUUUUUUCUGUGUUUUGGUUGUAUCAUUCCUUAGCAUGGGAAGUAUUU